AUGCUGUCCCAUCUGAGGUUCCACCGGCGAGGGCCAUCGAAUCCUGCUUCUCCAUCUCCCGAUCAACAUACUACUUCACCCCCGGCCGGCCACUCUGCGCCGUUCCCUUCCGAUGUGCUCUCACCAGACCUACGCCCAACCUUGUCGAGUCCUUCCGGCCUUCCUCCUACUCUCCCUCCUAUAGCCCGCGUUACGUCAGACGAGCUCGAUCAGUCGCGGCACCAUCAACAACAUGCUAGCAUGGCAAGUCAGGUAGAACCUCGUCCUCACCAGACACCAAAGUCGCCCUUCAACGGUGGAACCGGGUUCAUCGGUGGCGUCGCCCUCAGAAACUAUCAGCGCGAUAUGGAGGCCCAAGCUGCCGAAGCUAUGGACGGUGGAAGAGGUCUUGGUCUGGUGGGCCAGUAUUCAGCUUCACAGCCAACUCUAGCUGCGAAUGUUCCCCCAUCUACCAGGCCACCUCCCCAAGUUUUGAAGAACACGAAAGCAGCAUCUUCCUUUAGCACGCCUACGGAGUUCCAGAACUCUGCACCUGCGCCUACAGGACGGCGUCCUGCAGGCACCCGGCUUGUCACAGACCUUCCCUCGCUUGUUCACUCUACCAGCAACACCGAGAACCCGAAGCCGAGGAAAGGUCUUCCGUUCCUCAAGAACCCCAUGUCUACUCUGUUGAUGAGGCGGAAAAACAGUCAACAUGCGCCAGACCUGCUUCCACUGCCCAUGGCGAAACAGAAGGAAGAGCCCAUGUAUGAUCCACGCAUCAAGGGUACUCGAGUUCACGAUUUCAGUGCACCACGACCAAAGAAGAACGCGCCUACCAAGGAUCCCUCGCAGGCAUCUUUUACCUCACCAGUCCCUGGUUCUGCUGUGCCUCCUGAGCAAGAAAGGUUUCCAAACUCACCGGCCGUGCAGCCCGAGCAGGCUCCCGUGUCGACCUCAACCCAGCGCAUUCCCAGCAACGCCUCCGAGUCCGUUUACUCGCAAGAUUCAAAACUGGUCAAUAAUACGCCAAGCACAAUAUCGAGAGGGACACAUGAUCCUAUACCAGAAACGAGCGCAUCCCCUGGACCAGAUGCACCCCCAGUUCCCCCAAAAGACGAGGGCCCAAUUUCAGUCCAACCAAGGUCACCACAAGCAUCCCGAUUAAUCGAAAGCAAUGCUUCCAUCUAUGCAAGGUCGACUGCCUCGGUCCGAGUUGCCCGUUCCAGGGGGCCUUCGCUUUCUGGCUUAUCAGGCAAGGACAUCCCAUCAGCAGUGCCCCGACACAUGAAGAGCACAUCCUCAAGAUUCAGUUUCGACAUGAUUGGAGCCGCCAAGCAGGAAAAGCUCUUGGAGGACAGACACAGACAACGAGAGCUAGAGAGGAAGACAAGCGAGCCUUCUGGUCCACGGGACUCUCGGUUUGACGACUUUGACGAUGACGCAUUCGAUUACGACGCCAUGAUGGAUGACGAUGGCCUGGAAGAAAAGAUCCCUGGCGUCAACGCGGAUUAUGAAGACGACAUCUACGAGGAAGAAAUCCCUAUGGUGGGCGAGGACUUGGACGAUAACCUCGACGACCCUGACAACGAUCAAGAAAACUUUUCUGGCUUCGUUUUCCAACGAUCCAAUCCAACGUCGUCGCUGACAAGCCCACUCAGUGCAGGCUUCGUACCCACCCCAAGAGACACAGAUGGCAACCGCAUCGGCUUCGCGACGAGUCAAUAUACUCCCAACAUGCCUGGAGCAUUGUCUCCCAACCUCCCCAUCAAUCCCCAGGCGAUGCAACAAAUGCAACCCGGUGGGCUGGGAAUCCAGGGUCUAGAUGUGCCGCGUGUGCCCAGCUUGGAGAAUGAGGCUGCAUUCCAGAAGAACCAAGACCUGCCCCCCAUGAACAUGGGACGCUCGCUUAACGACGAUGACCUGUACUUCGAUGAUGGAAUGCUAGGAUUCGAGAACGAGUUCGCCGAGGACCUUGCUGCCCCUCCAGAAUGGGACGACACCCCCUUUGACGAGUCGAUAUUCGACAACAAUGAUACCGAUCAGUUUGGGCGGCCGAUAGCCGGCGCUUUCGCGCAAGCUCAAUCUGAAAGACGGGCAGCAAAAGAUGAUGACACAAAGCGGGAGUCGGACAUGACGACCCGAUUCUCGGCACAAUCGGCGGCCUCACAAUCAACAGCACAUACCUCGUUGAGCGUUGAAGCCAAGAAUAGUACCGAGACGGAGGCUCCAAAGGACAGCUCUGAGUCUAACUCGCCAGCUGAGCCUUCUGCUGCGGAUCAAGGGGCUCCUUCGGAUGGCACCAUGGCCGCCUACCAGGCCGCGCUCGCCGCAGCUGCUCAUAAGGCGGCGGCGUCGGGUAAAUUUCAACGUAGCUCAUCACCACCACUACAGGACACGCCACUAUCCGAGCCAAGCCAUUCUCCGGAUACCCCAGAUCGCGUAGAGUCGUUCAAGGAGGACCUUGAUGGCAUCGAUGACUACGAUGAUUAUGGCCAGUCAUACGAAGACUUGGCCGACUUUGAACUGGACGACGAUGCCAUCAUCGCUGAGGCAAAUGCUAGUGCCCUGGCCAACGAUUGCGAUGGGUGGUAUGGGCAGGAGUUUGGCUUCUAUUCGGCACCUGCCAACUCGCAUCAUGGGUCUGAAACAGUUGACUACGAAUACGCCAACGGCGGUUUCUUUGGUCCUAAGGGAGGUCUGGAUCGCAGCACCAGUGGUCGCAUGGUGUCAAGAGAGCCCAACCUCACGCCUAUUACGGAGCGCUCCGAGUAUUCUAACAGAAACUCGAUCAUGAGCCUCAGUAUGCCUGGGUUCGGCGGGGGAACACCUUUGCAGAGUCCCGGCCUCGCUCAGCUUGCUCUGCUAGGGGACCGUGGUGAUGAAAUGAGCCUCUCUGCCCUACUUCGGCUUCGGUCCAGAGCCUGGGGAGGAUCCCAGGCCAGUCUCGUCUCCAGCCAAAAUGGUUCUCCUCGGUCAGAGAGAGGCGACCUAUCCAGUUCACCUUGGGGUCCCAACUUUUCGAGCCCGCCUGCUUUCCACGCUCGAAAGAACUCAGUGCUAUCCACCAUUAGCCACGAUUCAGACAGCAUCAGUAUUUCCGGAAGCCCAACAUUGACGGGUGGCAUUCCGGGCUUGGGCUCUCCUCCGCCUCCUGUCCCGCCGUUGUCACCGCUCGAGUCCGACAUGCGGGAGGAUGCUAAGGUUGCCCCUUUGAACGUCAGCCGGCCUACAUCAAAGGUCUAUGAGAGCGGCAUUUCACUGUCGCCAAUAUCGGAUCCCGAAGAGAGCAUGCCACCAUCCGCCAUGGUGAGCCCCCUGGAGCCCUCUAAUAAUGUCAGUAUCCCCGAACCUGGCGACACCCCUCAACGACCCAGCAUGGGUCAUCGGCACAAGGGCUCAGCCGACAGUAUAUCAUAUACCAAAGAGCAAGACAGCGGCGCAACUCGCUGGGUCAUGGAGCGACGGCGCACAGGUGAAUUUGGGCAGGUCGAAGUUCUCGAGCGAGAAGUUGUCGAAGGGGGGCGGAUAUAG